AACUGACAGGAGUGGGGGGGGGGGGAGAUAAUUCCCAGCACUCGCUGCCUCUCUCUCUGUCUCUCUGUUUCCUGCACAUAAAGAUUCUGCAUUCAAACAGGAAGUGACAUCACAGCUCUGCAUGGAGCCCAAUUUUAGGGGUUCGGGUUCGGACAUGCAGGAAAGGGGGGACCCAGAGGAAAGCCCUUUGCAGUCUCCAGGCACAGGUUGGUGAUGCAGGAAUGGGAAUGGCGAGCAGCACUGAGCAAUGGGAAAACUGAAAACACAGAGAAAUCAAAAUAUGAGAUGUCUUGAAGAUAUCUCUCUGCCGGAUCUGCCAGAAACUACUGAAAGAGAUGUCCCCAAACCGUGCGCAGGAGAACAGAGCAUUAGGCGUCGGCGGAAACCCGUCAAAACCCACAGAAAUCCCAGCAGAAGUUCUCCGGAGAGAUUGCUCCUAGAUGUGACAAUCAGUGGGGAUGUCCCAGGGUCGCUGGUUAAGCCUGAAUGCAUGAAGGAGUCUGCUCCAUCCCCCCAUGGAACCCCCUGGAGCACCCUGUCUGCACGCUCGGACGUGCCAUCCGCUAGUUCUUUUAGCACUGACUUGUACCCACAAAGGGACCCGUUCACAUACAUUAUGCCGCCAGAGAGCGCGGCGAAUGAAACCAGUGAGCAGCAUCUGACCGCAGGGUCGCAGACACUCUGCACCAACAGAUCUGCCAAAUCCCAGAAGAAAACGAGCACUAAAGUUAAGCCUUUCCUAUGCACCACAUGUGGCAAAAGGUUCAGCCAGAAAUCCCUCCUUAUCCAGCACCACCGCAAUCACACCGGAGAGAGACCCUUCCCCUGCAUCGAGUGUGGAAAGAGCUUCACCUCCUGCUCUCUUCUCAUCCGGCACCACAAAAUCCACACCGGAGAGAAACCCUUUGCAUGUUCUGACUGCGGGAAGCGGUUCAGCGAAAGCUCCCAGCUGGUCCGGCACCAGAGGACUCACACGGGGGAGAGGCCCUACACGUGUAUCGAGUGUGGCAAAAGCUUCAGUGAAAGCUCCAAGUUGGUGAUACACCAGAGAACUCACACAGGGGAGCGGCCGUAUUCAUGCAGCGACUGUGGCAAGAGUUUCAGUGUGCGCUCACAUCUGAUCACUCAUAAGCGCACUCACACUGGAGAGAGGCCCUACACGUGCAAUGACUGCGGCAAAAGCUUCAGUGAAAGCUCCAAGCUGGUCAUGCACCAGAGAAUACACACCGGGGAGAAACCCUAUACGUGCGCCGCUUGUGGCAAGAGCUUCAGUCAGCGCUCCGUGCUGGUAACGCACCAGCGGAUUCACACCGGGGAGAAACCCUAUACCUGUCCGGAGUGUGGCAAAAGUUUCAUAGAUAAAGUCGGCUGUGACCGGCACCGCGUAACUCACAGCAAUGAAAAGCCCUUCCAGUGCCUCAUCUGUGGGAAGAACUUCAGCCGCAACUCGGAUUAUAACAAACACCAGAGGACCCACACGGGGGAGAAGCCAUACUCGUGUUUGGAGUGUGGGAAAAAAUUCAGUUGGAGCUAUCAGCUUGUCAGACAUCAGAGGGUACACACUGGGGAGAAGCCCUAUACCUGUAUUGAGUGUGGGCGGAGCUUCUGUUGGAGCUAUCAGCUGGUCACACAUCAGCGGUCCCAUAGUACGGAACCCUCAUGCUUAUAGAGUGGGCGUUGUGCUGCCCCUAACGUAUUUCUCCGUAUGGAGAGGGAUGCCAGAAACAAGAGGCUCCUACCCAAAGAGCCUGACUCAUAUGCCAUGUUCUGGGCAUCGUAGGAGCUGAUUGGCAGAUACCAGGAACUGAGCACCUCCUAUUUGUGGGAAAUGCUUAUGAAAAAAAACAAAAGCAAUUAAUGUUACAUAGCUCUACAAAUAUUCUCGUUCAUUCAUUAAUAUCUAAGAAGGAAGAGCAUCUAAAACACAUUAUAGGACUUGAAGCCUCUACCUGUGGGGUGAAACCGGGGGGGGGGGGCAAACUGUGUCCCUAUGUAGCAGAAAGCACUUAAUGGUGUAGCAAUUACUCUACAUGUGUGUGUGUCCCGAGAUGAGCAGGACAUUGGCUGAACUCAUGAUAACAGCAUGUAAUGGACUCCUAUUGAAUAUAAAGCCCAUACCAUAGGGAACAGGAAGAAUGUGCCGUGACAUUGUUCCCUGUGGAGCACAAAGCACGGUGACUGAUGGGGAGAUUUAGUGCAAGAGGAGAGAAGGAGUUCUACACAGAAUUAGCCUUUACUUGAUGUUUAGGUAGAGAUUAGGGUUAUGUAUGAUACGUUCCUGCCCGGCAGACUGAAUGUGGGACAUUUACCUUCAUUAAAACCGUACGUUCUCUGUAUUAUUUCCCUCUCUCCAGAAAUGCAAGUUGGUAGGUCAAAGGCAUAAAGCCAACAUCAUUCACUAUUAUCAUUAUUUAUCCUCAUACACCAUCAUUUACUAAAUGAAAAGUGAAC